UUUCUUCUCGACUUGGAUCUUCUUCAGGAGCCUCAGCUAGUGAGGGAAAAGAGGAACUCUAGACAGCUUCCCUCUGGGGAGACAGGGAAAGAGCUUAUCACCAAAGAGCCUUCCAGGUUAUGUAGCCUGACCCUGAAGAAACUGGCAGUGCUCCGGGAGCUGGAGAAGGAGCUUCUGUCUGUGGUGAUCGCUGUCAAGAUGCAGGGUUCCAAACGUGUCCUGAGAUCCCAUGAGAUUGUGCUGCCUCCCAGUGGACAGGUGGAAACUGAUCUGGCGCUGACCUUCUCUCUCCAGUACCCCCACUUCCUGAAGAGAGAAGGCAACAAGCUCCAGAUCAUGCUGCAGCGCAGAAAGCGGUACAAGAACCGAACGAUCCUGGGCUAUAAGACGCUGGCUGCAGGUUCCAUCAACAUGGCUGAGGUGAUGCAGCACCCCUCCGAGGGGGGCCAGGUGCUGAAUCUCUGCAGCAGCAUCAAAGAGGCCUCUGUCAAGGUGGCUGAGAUCUGGAUCGUCUCCUUGUCCAGCCAGCCCAUUGACCACGAGGAUAGUGCAAUGCAGGCUGGCCCCAAGGCCAAGUCCACAGAUAACUACUCUGAGGAGGAGUAUGAGAGCUUUUCCUCUGAGCAAGAAGCCAGCGAUGAUGCUGUCCAGGGGCAGGAUCUUGAUGAGGAUGACUUUGAUGUGGGAAAACCCAAGAAGCAGCGGCGCUCGAUACAGCAGAACUUCAAGCAGAAGGUGGUGGCCCUGCUGCGCAGGUUUAAAGUGUCAGAGGAGGUCUUAGAUUCGGAGCAGGACCCUGCAGAACAUGUCCCUGAGGUGGAGGAGGACCUGGAUCUUCUGUAUGACACGCUGGAUGUGGACCACCCCAGCGACAGUGGCCCUGACAUGGACGACGAUGACAGCGUCCUCAGCACCCCCAAGCCCAAGCUUAGGCCCUACUUCGAAGGCCUGUCACACUCCAGCUCACAGACAGAGAUAGGGAGUAUCCACAGUGCCCGGAGCCACAGGGAGCCUCCAAGCCCGGCUGAUGUCCCUGAGAAGAUGAGGUCCCUGGGAGGACAGCAACCAAGUGACAGCACUUCUGACACGAUGGUCCUUAGUUCCCCAGCCCCUCGGGAACCAUCAGGACAACCUGAGAACAGCCCAGAGGCUGAGACCAUUACCCUGGAUGUGUUCACUGAGAAGCUGCCACCCAGCGGAAGAAUCACCAAGACCGAGUCGCUUGUCAUCCCCUCCACCAGGUCAGAGACAAAGCCAGCUGGUCGCAGGGGCCGGAGCACGUCCCUGAAAGAGCGGCAGCCGGCUCGACCACAGAACGAGCGGGCCAACAGCCUAGACAAUGAGCGCUGUCCAGACACGAGGAGCCAGCUGCAGAUUCCCAGGAAAACUGUGUAUGACCAACUGAACCAUAUCCUCGUCUCUGAUGACCAACUCCCCGAGAAUAUCAUUCUCGUCAACACCUCUGACUGGCAGGGACAGUUCCUCUCAGAUGUCCUGCAGAAGCACACACUUCCUGUGGUGUGCACGUGUUCUGCUGCUGAUGUGCAGGCCGCCUUCAGCACCAUUGUCUCUCGGAUACAGCGCUACUGUAACUGCAAUUCUCAGCCACCAACUCCUGUGAAGAUCGCAGUGGCCGGAGCACAGCAUUACCUCAGCGCCAUCCUGCGGCUCUUCGUGGAGCAGCUGUCCCACAAGACGCCCGACUGGCUUGGCUACAUGCGCUUCCUCAUCAUCCCGCUGGGCUCCCACCCUGUGGCCAGGUACCUGGGCUCUGUGGACUACCGCUACAACAACUUCUUCCAGGAUCUGGCCUGGAGAGACCUGUUCAACAAGCUGGAAGCCCAGAGCAGUGUGCAGGACACGCCCGACAUCGUGUCGCGCAUCACGCAGUACAUCUCGGGGGCCAACUGUGCUCACCAGCUCCCCAUCGCAGAGGCCAUGCUGACCUACAAGCAGAAGAGCCCUGAUGAAGAAUCCUCUCAGAGAUUCAUUCCCUUUGUUGGGGUUGUGAAGGUUGGCAUUGUGGAACCGUCUUCAGCCACAUCAGGAGACUCGGACGACGCAGCCCCCUCAGGCUCCAGUGUUCUCUCUUCUACCCCACCGUCUGUGUCUACAUCUCCCGCAGCCAAGGAGGCUUCACCCACCCCACCCUCCUCCCCUUCAGUGAGUGGAGGUCUGUCCUCUCCCAGCCAGGGCAUCGGCGCUGAGCUCAUGGGGCUGCAGGUGGACUACUGGACAGCAGCACAGCCUGCAGACAGGAAGAGAGAUGCCGAGAAGAAGGACCUGCCCACCACCAAAAACACGCUCAAGUGCACUUUCCGGUCCCUCCAGGUCAGCAGGCUGCCCAGCAGUGGCGAGACUGCAACCACACCUACCAUGUCCAUGACCGUGGUCACCAAGGAGAAGAACAAGAAGGUGAUGUUUUUGCCCAAGAAAACCAAGGAUAAGGAUGUGGAGUCUAAAAGCCAGUGCAUCGAAGGCAUCAGCCGUCUGAUCUGCACAGCUAAGCACCAGCAGAACAUGCUUCGGGUCCUCAUCGAUGGCGUGGAGUGCAGCGACGUCAAGUUCUUUCAGCUGGCUGCCCAGUGGUCUUCCCACGUGAAACACUUCCCUAUCUGCAUCUUUGGACACUCCAAGGCCACCUUCUAGCCCCACCCGUGGAAGGGCUGACACAGGACAGCGGAGGGUCCUGCUCUGCGUCAUCACUGAUGGAGAGACAGAUGUGUUUCUGUUAACAUGCGGUUACUACAGAGACAGACUCUUAAAAACACAAAGAAGCGGUCUUAAGUGUGAAUGUGCCCAUAGCCCAGAAACUAUGGGGAAUCUAGCUGCCCAUGGGCCACCGAGUAACUGCUCUGCUUAUUAACCAGAAUAUGUGGGCCCUAGAAAGGCUAGUAAGAAGGGAGGUGAACCCUGGUCUCAUAAAACCCCAGAGCCACAAGCAAGAAAUGUUCUUGGCAUUGUGUCCUGUGCUUUCUGAAGUCAGGAUGCUGCUUUCUUGGGGAGUCCAGUGGCCAAAAGCUGAGGGUGAAGGGCGUGUUGGUCUCCUAGCAUGGGAUGUUGACCCCUGGCACCCCCAGGUGUGGUUCCCAAUAAACUCCAGCCUCAUGGCGGAGCUUUUAUAGUAGCA